CCGAUCAUUCAUGUGACCAAUAAACACGAAUAUGGGGGGUUCUGGAAUACAUUCCUGUCAUCCGUUGCGUCGAGGCAGAAGCAAUAACUCUUACUAUAAAUGGAAGAAAUCAUAAAAAUUAGAUUAGAAAAUGUUAAAGAAUGGUAAAAGGUGGGAUUGUGGUUGCAACUGUUAGAAAAAAGUGCAAAGAUUUGUGAGAUCUUUCUUGUGACUUUUUCUCCCUUCAACUUGGCUUAUGUGGUGUGUGUGAUGACUACUCUCUUAUAAACAAAAGACCCCAAAAAGAAGAACUAAAAAAAGAAAACCCUACAACUCUUCCACUCAAAUUAGGCAGUCUCCAGACGGAUUCUAACCGCUGAAGACGAUAGGUUGACUCAGCCACCCAAACCCUUUCCCCCCCUUUAAAUACCCUCCUCAACCAUUUAUUUCCUUGCCAUUUGUACACCUCUCCUUUUUACUUUUACCCUUUUCUUGCUAAGAAACAACUCAAAACAUUAAGCUCCUUUCACCUUCUGCUUCCUCCAUCGCUUCUAACCGGGCAAAAAAAAUGAGGUAUCCACCCAUUUACUUCCUCAAACAAAUGAACAUGCUUAUCAUCGAAGGCUUCAUGGUCUUGCUCGUGAGCUGCUUAACCAUUAGAACGAACCUUUGUUCUCCAAACACUCCUUCGUUGAAAACACUUCCCCUCCAUGGGCAUUUCGACUUCCAUGAAGUUCACCAUGCAGCUAGAGAUUUCGGCAACAGAUAUCAGUUCCUCCCUGUGGCAGUGCUGCAUCCAAAGACGGUUUCAGACAUUGCUACUAUAGUUAAGCAUGUUUGGGACUUGGGUCCUCGUUCGGAGCUCACAGUUUCAGCUAGAGGCCAUGGUCACUCGCUCCAGGGCCAGUCACAAGCCCACCGUGGAGUUGUCAUCAAUAUGGAAUCACUCAAAGGCCCUCAAAUCCAGAUUCACACCGGAAGUUCUCCAUACGUAGAUGCCUCUGGUGGUGAAUUGUGGAUAAAUAUCCUGCGUGAAAGCUUGAAAUAUGGGUUAGCGCCAAAAUCAUGGACCGACUACUUACAUCUAACUAUCGGUGGUACUCUGUCUAAUGCUGGGAUCAGUGGGCAGGCAUUCCGGCAUGGCCCGCAGAUCAGCAAUGUCCACCAGCUGGAAGUUGUUACAGGAAAGGGGGAGGUUGUAAAUUGUUCAGAGGAGCAGAAUGAAGACCUAUUUCAUAGUGUUCUUGGAGGGCUCGGUCAGUUUGGCAUCAUAACACGGGCAAGAAUAUUUCUGGAAGCAGCACCUGCAAGGGUAAAAUGGAUUAGAGUCCUGUAUUCGGAUUUCACGGCAUUUACCCAAGAUCAGGAGCAUCUAAUGUCUGCAGAAAAUACGUUCGACUACAUCGAAGGAUUCGUGAUAAUAAACAGGACCGGUCUGCUAAACAACUGGAGAUCAUCCUUUAAUUCAAAGGACCCAGUUCAGGCCAGCCAGUUUAAGUCAGAUGGAAAAACUCUCUUCUGCCUGGAAUUGGCCAAAUAUUUCAACCUGGACAAGACAGAUUUAAUAACCGAGGAGGUUGAUAACUCAUUGUCUCAAUUAAGCUAUAUCCGUUCAACGCUAUUCGUGUCCGAAGUUGCAUACAUUGAUUUCUUGGACAGGGUACAUGUGUCUGAGAUCAAAUUACGCUCAAAAGAUUUGUGGGACGUUCCACAUCCGUGGCUCAAUCUUCUCAUACCAAAAAGCAAAAUUCACUCUUUUGCUAAAGAGGUCUUCGGCAAUAUCCUUACAGAAACAAGCAACGGCCCCGUCCUCAUCUACCCAGCUAACAGAUCAAAGUGGGACAACAGAACUUCUGUUGUUAUACCGGAGGAAGAUAUUUUCUACUUGGUGGCAUUCCUAACCUCUGCGGUUCCCUCGUCAUCCGGAACUGAUGGAUUGGAACACAUCCUAACUCAAAACAAAAGAAUUUUAGAAUUCUGUGAAACAGCCAAGCUUGGAGUCAAGCAAUACCUACCCCAUUACGCCACACAGGACGAAUGGAAGGCCCACUUCGGUCCACGCUGGGAAGAUUUCAAGCAGAGAAAAUCUGCUUACGACCCUUUGGCAAUACUUGCUCCUGGACAAAGAAUAUUUCAAAAGGCAAUACCCUUCUCAUGACAGCUGCGACAUGUAAAUAUUAUAAAAGAAGAGGCCCUAAAGGCAUGUGGGGAAGUUCCUUAACCAAAAAGGUUAUGAGCUACUUUAUAUCCACGAGCCUUAUAUGUGUGGCAGGGAGACUGCAAGCGCUUUAAGACAACGGGUAAAAUAAUUUUAUACAAACUAGUAAGUCAUAGUUGCAAAGGGACUGGAGAAACACCAGCUCCAUAGAGGAUGUAAAUACUAACUCUUGUAAAUAUGGCUGAAUAAUAUAUGUCAUCAAUCCAUUUCAUAUCUCCGAUCUCUUAUCAAA